AAUCUGCAAAAGUCGCAUCCCCGCCCCCAAUCCCCAAUUCUUCCCCCGACCUCUCGCCCGCGGAGCAGCAGCGGCGGCGGCGGCGAACCCUAGGCCCGAUUCCUCCUCGGCGGGGGUGGAGAUGGACGGAGGCGGGGACCCCGUCGACGAAUUCCUCAUCGCCUGCGGCGGCGGCGGCGUCGGCGGCGACGCGGGAGACGAUGGCGACCUCGGCAUCUUCUGCGACGGCGUGCCCGGCGAUGGAGGAGGAGUAGGGCUUGGGAUUGAUGAUGUCAGUGGAGAUGCAUGCUGUCUUGACCAAUCUGUUUUAGGUAAAAGAGGUAGAGAAGAAUUAUCAUCAUCUGGUCCAAAGUCUAAAGCUUGUCGUGAAAAGAUUCGGAGGGAUAGGCUGAAUGACAGGUUUCUUGAGCUAUCUUCUGUUCUCAAUCCUGACAAGCAAGCUAAGUUGGAUAAAGCAAAUAUCUUGAGCAAUGCAGCUCGUAUGUUGGCAGAACUCAGAAGUGAGGCAGAAAAGCUUAAAGAAUCUAAUGAGAAGCUGCGAGAAACAAUCAAGGACCUCAAGGCGGAGAAGAAUGAGCUCCGUGAUGAGAAAGUGAGUCUGAAGGCAGAGAAGGAGAAGCUGGAACAGCAAGUUAAAGCAUUGAGUGUUGCCCCUGCAGGAUUUGUUCCUCAUCUCCCUCAUCCAGCUGCAUUCCAUCCCGCUGCAUUCCCUCCAUUUAUACCACCUUAUCAAGCCUCGGGUAACAAAAAUGCCCCUACCCCCACAGCAUUCCCAGGGAUGGCCAUGUGGCAAUGGUUGCCUCCAACUGCAGUGGACACAACUCAAGAUCCAAAGCUUUGGCCACCAAAUGCUUAAUUAGGUGCAGACUGCUAUGCGGCAAUUCAUCCAUUGGCAGAUCAAAAAUGUGUUAGGUCUUUCCGGAGAGUAAAAUAGCCUGCGAUGCUGUCCUUUACGUGGUUACUGUUCUUUUAGAUGUGGUUACUGUUUUUUUUUCUUUUUACCAGUGUUCUUUUCUAACUCGUCCCAGCGAGGGGCGAUGCCUGUAAUUAAUCUGGAUCGUAACCCUCUUUGUUGCCUGACGAAUGCUCCAUUGUUAUCCUCAUGUCUCUUGCAUGAGUUCCAAAUGUGAAAGUUGUGACACUGCUGUUCUUUUAAGUGUUGGCUUGGAGAGA